AUGCCUGCUGCUAUAUCCGCCCUGGACUCUGGGAACCCAGAUGGCGAGGAUGAUUCUCGUAAAGCUUCCAAGCUAGCUGCUCGAGCAGCAAGGUUCAAUAAGGUCCUACCGGGUAAUAGGUACAAGCAGCUCGAAGAGAUGCGUAUCAAAGAGAGGAAAGCAUUCGAACAGCAGGGAUUAAUCAAAGUCGGUAAGACUGAAUUGGGAGAUGCUGUGGAUAUGCGAGGUACUUGUGAAAUGAUGUGUUCGGAGUAUGAGAGGGAAUUCAGAGAAUACACAAGAGAAGUUCACCCGUUCGAAAAGAUGGGAUCCGAAGGAAGGAUGGACCCCUCAAAAGCCGUCGCUGCCUAUUCUAGAUCAGAUGCUGGUGCAGGUCAUGGUGAUUCUGCUAUCUUACCUUCGGAUCUAAGAACUCCAGCUACUCUCGUCCGAACACUCGAUUACCUAUUUUCCGUCAUCAUGCCAACCUUUCCACCUUCCACUUCAACAUCACCCGCUACACCUCGGAAAGCCCUGGGAUACUCGGCUGGAUUCAUCCGUGAUAGGACCAGAGCCAUCAGGAAAGAGUUCGCCAUGCAGAGUAGCUGGGGACAUGAAGAGGCUAUAGCAAGUUUUGAGAGAAUCGCAAGAUGGCAUAUCCUGUGUUUGAGGGAAUUGCAAGAAGAAAGUGGGACGAAUGUCGACAUGCAUAUCGAUUCUGCCGAGUUGAAUCGAUGUUUUACGAGUUUACGACAACACUAUAAUGAUCGACGAGAAGAACUAGGCAUGGAAGCGCCAUGUCCUAACGAAGCUGAAUUUACAGCUUACAUGUUAAUUUACGACCUCAAUUCGAAAUCCGUUUCUAUCCCAUUUUCAGAGCUCCCAUCAAUCAUCCUCGAUCACCCUUUAGUCAAAAUGGCAUGGGAGAUCCGACGAGCUGCUCAAAGAAACUUUGAUACUCAGAAGGAAGGAUCUAAACAUAAUGCGGAAUUAGGAAUGAACCUUAUAACGAGAUUUGUUAAGUUGCUCAAACAACCCAAGGUACCUUAUUUAUUAGCAUGUUUGGUGGAGAUCCGAUUAAGGGAAGUGAGAAGAAGUGCGAUCAGAGCAUUGAGAAGACCUUAUCCCGCGCUGAAAACCGAUGCAAUCCGAGUGAAUGAGAUGGGUGAAAUCAUAGAAAGGAAGAUGAUCUUGCUCGAUACGUUGAAUAGGAUAUUGGGAUGUGAAGAACAAGAGAAUGAAGAUUCGGCAUGGGAUGAUAUUGAUUUCCUCAACAAGAUUCCAAAUCAAGAAUCGAUUGAUAUUUCAAGAAGAUUUGGUUUCGAGAUUUACGAAGAUGAUAGUGGACCUAUUGGUGCUUUGAUCAAUCUCGGUUCACCAUAUGAUGACAAUAAAGAUGCUCCACAUACUAGGAGAUGGAAGUUGAUCACGGAAAAGAGAGGAAAUGCAAGUUACGUGGAUAUAGUAAAUGGACAAGCUGGUGUUCAAAUUGAAGGAACGACAAACAUCCAACCGACACGACCCACUACAACCAACGUAUUUACCGCGCCAAAACCCACAUCUACUUCCACUCCAACAUCGACGUCUGCAUUCUCGUUCAAGCCUUCACCGUCGCCUGCUCCCGCUCCUGUUCAGCAGGUACCCAAGACAGAACCCACAUUCUUCAAGUCUUUCUGUCCACCUUCCGAUCACCCCGAUGUGAUAGCAAAGAAGAAUAAGGAACUCAUUCCCGGUCCUCCGCCUCUACUAGCAGGUCCCACUAAGGGCAUAUUCGCUGAGCCAUACCCAUACACAGCGAAAGAAGUAGGCGAUGCCCUGAAUCGUACCGAUAGUAUCUUCAACAAGGUCACCCCUCAAGACAAGCCAGCAGCCCCCUCCCCAUCUUUCACUUUCACACCUCAACAGGCUCCAGAAUCCAGCUUAAAGAAGAAGCGAUCAACAGAAGAAGAGUCUGCUCCACCAGCCAAAGCUCCGCUUUUCUCAUCUGCCGGUUUCUUCUCUGCACCUUCGCCUGCUGCUACAUCGUUGGCAUCAUCAUCCACCGCCCCAGUUCCAUCCCUACCACCACAACUUCCCACCAAAGCCGCUUCACCAACAUUACCACCUUUCAGUGUACCCAAACCGAUCUCUCCAGUGGCUACUUCACCUUUGAUUGAGUCCACGUUCUCGCCCACUCGACAAAGAAAAAGAACAGCAUCAUCCGUACUUUCCUCUUCAACAGCGAGACUGUCUUCCAGUGUCUUGCGUAAAUCACUUGCAGAUGUUCACAAACAACGAGAAGAGCAACUCAAUGCGUUACCGGACAUAUGCGAUAUGCUGGUCAACGAGGUGAUUCAAUCAAUGAUUGAAGAUCACCUUUCGGCAGACCUCACUAGAUAUGUGAAACAGCAAAAAGCAGCUACGGAAUAUCAACGUCGGAAAGUCCUACGCUCAGAGGCUAUCUUGUAUUGGUCUCAAGGAGUAUUUCACCAGCUGGUCGAUCAUGAGACUGAACGAAUCGCAAGAGUGGCCUUGUUGGAGGAAUUGAAGAGAAGGUAUCUCACCAGACGAGCUAUAAGGUAUUGGAAAUCCUGGGCUAAGCUUCAACGACAGAAUAGAGAACAAUCAGAGAAGAAGCGUGUCAACAUGUACACCUACCUCAAUGGAAUGGGAUUGAGCAAGUCUAUCUCAUCUUUACCGGCUGUAUCCAGGAGUGAAACGACGACUCCUAUAAGUGAUAUUGACAUGUCAUUGGAAAUCGAACGAUUGGAUAGUCUUCAAAUCGAUAUUGAAAUCAACCAUGCUGAAAGGACCAAAGACAAUUUUUUCUCACCUUCGACAUUCUUAUUAUCAAUAAUCAAACAUGUCGGACCAUUCCUCUCACCUCAGGCAUCAUCAGAAUCAACUUUCUUACCUGCUUUUCACACUAUCGUCUCUAUCCCUACCCCAGGGGAUAAAGAAGGAGAAUUUGGUUCACCGCCUGAUAAGCAGGUACAAGAUUGGUUGAAUCGUAAAUUCUUACAGCCCAAUCGUCGAGAUGGACAUGACGUAGAGGAAGAAGAGAGCUAUGUGAUUAAUGGAGUGAUGUACGAAAGUAAGAUCUUGGAAGCGGGCAAGAGCAAGUUACCGGGUUGGUGUUCGAUUGGAUUAUACGUUUUUGAAGUUCCACUCAAGACGGAUGACGGAGUAAAGAAUGCUCAGAAUAUAGCGGAUUGUCAAGAUAGAAUAGGAGUUUUUGUUAAAGGUCUACAAGCUUCGACGAAUCGAUAUAUCCCUUCGUUAUUGAUUUUGAGCUGGGAACAAGAAAGUAUAGAAGAAUUGGGUGAAAGGUUACAAAUCUCAGAAGAAUUAAAUAUGUUCAGCAGGAAAGCUCUUGUGUCUCUACAUUACUCGGAUGAUCUGGAUGAAAGGUUCUCCAAGGCUUUGGAAGUUGCCAUACCCGAUUUGACCAUCAAGGAACAGUUGGUGAUUCGAUUGAACGACGUGAUAUCUACCUUAUAUCCAACAUGGCAAAGAUAUCUUGAUAUCUCACUUAUCCAACUAAGUCAAAGUCCAAAAGAUAUCAAUCUCGCUUCGUCAAUAUUCUGCCGCGGAAUCGAAUUGAUCAAUUCCAUUCCGCAAUUGACCCGAUCGACAUUGGGACCAUUACAUUUGGAAGAUGAGGAGAAAUGGGAUCCGAUUGUUUUACCGGAUUUCAAUGAAGAGAAAGAUGAUUUACCGUUCGAAUUAGUUGAAAGGAUAGUCGAAUAUUCCGAGAAUGACUUGUUGAAAGGUAUAGAUGAUUUGGAUUUAUCGAUCACGCCUUUACGACAAGCUGCAUUUCUGGGUCAACCAUUAUCACCAAUAAUCACCAUCUUAAGAUCAAUCUCAUACCUCGUUUUAGGUGAAUUGAAAGAUACGACAAUCGAAUUGAGAUUUUUCCCAGAUGAGAAUAGUAAAUUAGGUGGAAUUGAUUCUCACCUGAAAUCUUAUUUGCGAAAUUUACAAAAGGCUUAUGAGAAGAAGAUGAACGAAAUCAUGAAUAGUACAUUCAUACCAUUACCUUUAUCAAAUGAUAAUUUACCUUACCUACAAUCGACAACAGCCAUACAAACAAGUGUAUCGCGAUCGCCUAUCCGAGAGAAUGGGACGAACAAGAAGAGGAAUAGGACGGAUGAGAAUGUAUCUCCUGAUUCGCACCGGAAGAAAGAAUCUAAAGCAUUGAAAAAUGCUAGAUUGCUGAGAACUUUGAAAGAUGUAGAAAAGACUCUGGCGUUAAGUCAAUUAGAUGGGAAUGGGAACGAGUUGGAAGUGAAUUAA